AAUGUUCCUGUUCCUUCAAGAAGUCUCUCACACAAAUCAAAUCCGCAUUAUCCGCUCAUUGUAUGGAUUUGUUCACUUCUUUCUUUAUAGUACACUGUCAUCUUUGACAACUUCAACCGACUCUCUGUGAUCAACAGAACUUUCAUCCACAGAACUUUUCUGCCUUUUUUACUUUGAAACCCAUUAAAAGCCUCCUUCAAUUGGUAUAUUGUGUUUCCGUCUUGUGAUUCAAUUCAAUUUCAUAGCAUCCACAUCUAUUUCUGGCCUACAACUGGAUACUGAGCUUUCUGCUGCUUUUGAGGAAAUUGCUCCACUAUCUGCACCUGCUUCUGGUACAUCCUCAAUGCUUCCUUGUGAUAUAUUCAUUAAUCAUCGUGGACCGGAUGUGAAACACACACUGGCCAAUAGUCUGUACGAUGCCUUCCAUAAAACAGGACUGAGAGUUUUCUUGGAUGUGGAAGAAAUUGAACUGGGUGAUUUCUUACCAACAACAAUAGAAGAAGCAAUGCGUAGUGCUUCACUUCAUAUAGCAAUUUUUUCCAAGAAUUAUGCACAGUCCCCCUGGUGUUUGGCCGAGCUCUCCUUUAUGCUUAAUAAAACUGACAAACAAAUUAUUCCUAUUUUCUACCAUGUUACCCCUAUGGAUCUUAGAUGGGUGACUAAGGGAAAAGGAAUCUUUAUCGAUGCUUUUUCAGAUCAUGAACAAAAGGGUAGAUACAGCCAAGAUAAGAUUGAUCAGUGGAAGUUAGCACUACAUACCGUUUCAUUUUAUUCUGGUGAAAUCAUUAACAAUAACGAAGACGAGAGGAAGUUGCUGAAAAGUAUUCUGAACAGAGUACUAAAACUAAUGAACAAGGUGCCAUUAGUGGUUGCAAAUUAUCCAAUUGGUUUGGAAGAAUCUGUAACUGAUUUUGAAAUGUCCACCCUUCAGUCUUCACAGAAUCGUGAGAAAGUACAAAUUGUGGGAAUAUGUGGUAUGGGUGGCUCUGGAAAGACCACUCUUGCAAAAGCAAUAUAUAACAGAGAGUACACAUCUAUGGAGAGAUUCAGUUUUGUUUGAUAUUAAAGAUGCUGCAGCCAAAAAAGUGUUGCAUAAUAAACAGAUAAAACUGCUGGAGGACGUAGGCAUCAAAGGUGUAUCAUUUGAUAACAUAGAACAAGGCAAAGCAAUCCUUGCAAGCCGUCUGAGAUCUGUUCGUGUGCUCAUUGUUUUGGAUGAUGUGGGUCACAUUGAUCAACUGGAGGCUCUGUUGCCCACUAAGGAUAAUCUUGGAUGGGGUAGUUCGGUGAUUGUUACAACAAGGGAAAUGGAAGUCCUCAGAUUGGCAGGUAUCUCCCACAUUUAUAAGAUGAGAACAAUGAAUCUGUUGCAUGCCCAGCAGCUUUUUUGUUGGAAUGCUUUUCUACAACCUUCUCCUCCUGAAGGGUUCGAGGAUCUAGUUGAAAAGUUCUUACAUGUUUGCAAUGGGCUACCAUUGUCUCUCAAGGUAAUUGGGGAACAACUUUAUGGCAGUUCUAGAAAGGAUUAUUGGGAGUCUCAAUUGCACAAAAUUUCCAGAAUAUUGCCCAACUGCAUUACAGAGAGGCUAAAAGUCAGCUAUGAUGCAUUAGAUAAGGAAGAGAAACAUACAUUCCUGGAGACCGCUUGUUUCUUCGUUGGAAAGGAGAAAAAUUCUGCCAUUGCAAUCUGGAACCGAUUAGGGCGGAGUGGUCUGCAUAGUUUGGAGACACUUGUGAAUAAGAGUCUUGUUGAGAUAGAUGAGGACAAUUACAUUAGAAUGCAUGAUCAUCUAAGGGAUCUGGGAAGAGAAAUUGCAUAUGAGCAGUCACCUUACACUCUUUGCUUUCCACGACAGCUUAUCAAUGCUGAGAAACAAGCAGAGACAGGAACAAGAAGGAUUGGAGAAACAAUAACAGCAGCUGCGCCAACAAGCCAAGUUGAUGACUUUCCUGUUUCCUCUCAGAUUUUGUUGCCUGAGAAAAUAGGAGUGAACAAUGGCCUAAUGGGAGAUAAUUUGCCACCUGCGGAGGAAGUGGUAACUUUAAUGAAGAACAACAACAUUGGGUCCUUGAGGAUUUACAAAGCAGAGCCUCUUCUACUGAGGGCCUUUGCAAAUUCUGGAAUCGACAUAAUUGUAGGUGUGGCUAACUUCGAAUUGCAGAGUAUCUCCUCCAACCAGGAAGUAGCAAACAAGUGGGUAGAUGACAACGUUCUAGCCUUCUAUCCUGCCACCAAUAUCAAAUACAUUGUUGUGGGCAACCAGGCCUUGGAAAAGAGUGAAUAUGGACAAUAUGUUCUUCCUGCCAUGAGCAACCUGCAAACUUCUCUUCAGAACACCAAUUUGCACCAUAAUAUCAAGGUCUCCACCACUCAUGGAAGGGCAGUAAUACCCAUGAGCUAUCUUCCAUCCAAGGGGGCUUUCAAUCAUGGAGUGAAGGAUAAGAUGAGAUCUGUUCUGCAAUUCCUUGAUCAUCACAGAUCUCCUUACAUGGCCAAUAUCUAUCCCUACUUUGCCUUCCUGGAAAACGCCAAUAUUAGUUUACCAUAUGCACUGUUCAACCCCACAUCUCCUGUAUUGAGGGAUGGAGACAGGACCUACACUAACCUGUUUGAUUCCAUGGUCGACACUAUUUAUUCCGCCAUGGAAGCUCUGGGUUUUAACAACAUACCUAUUGUUGUUACUGAAACUGGAUGGCCCUCUCAGGGGACUGCAGAAAAAGCUCUGGUUGCUACGAUUGAUAAUGCCCAGACUUACAACAAUAAUCUGGUUAAACAUGUAUUGUCCAAGGCAGGGACACCCAAGAAACCAGGAAGGAACAUAGAGACUUGCAUCUUUGCUCUUUUCAAUGAGAAUAUGAAGGCAGGGGAUGAGACAGAGAGACACUUUGGCCUCUUCCAUCCUAAUAAACAGCCUGUUUAUCCUCUUCACUUUGCUAACUAGUUUCGUUUAGCUCUGUAAUAAUCGUGUCUGCACAUUUUUCAAAAUCAAAAUGGGCAAGUGGUCUGCCUGUCAGCUGAUGUCUGCUGUUUCUGGUAGAAAUUGUGGUCAGUGAUUAGACAACCCACUUUUCUUUUUCAGUUUAAAUAAUAAUAUUUAUGAAUAAG